AUGACGACAAACAUGCUCGAUGGAUGUCCCCCCACUGGAGUGACCCUCUUGGAGAGACAGAAAGAGCACAGUCGGUGUGAGAGAGCAGCAGCAUCAGCAGCAGCAGCAGCAGCAGCAGCAGCAGCAGCAGCAGCAGCAGCAGCAGCAGCAGCAGCAGCGCAGCAGCAGCAGCAGCAGCAGCAGCAGCAGCAGCAGCAGCAGCAGCAGCAGCAGCAGCAGCAGCAGCAGCAGCAGCAGCAGCAGCAGCAGCAGCAGCAGCAGCAGCAGCAGCAGCAGCAGCAGCAGCAGAAGCAGCAGCGGCAGCAGCAGCGGCAGCAGCAGCAGCAGCAGCAGCAGCAGCAGCAGCAGCAGCAGCAGCAGCAGCAGCAGCAGCAGCAGCAGCAGCAGCAGCAGCAGCAGCAGCAGCAGCAGCAGCAGCAGCAGCAGCAGCAGCAGAAGCAGGAGCAGCAGUGGCGGAAAGAGCAGCAGCAUUAUAUCGAGUCGGAAGCUGCAGCAUAUCCUUCCCAAUUCCAACUUCCAAGCUGCAAAAACUCUACCCUAUGCGACAAUAAUGCCAAAAAUAAUUCCCAACAAGAAGCAGUCCUGCAUUUUAUCUCUGGGACCACCUUGAGUUCAGAGGCAUAUGGCCAUAACAAUGGGGAUGAUUACAGAGGCCUGGUGGGACCAGAGCAGGGAAGCAGCCCCAGUUGUAGGCCUGGGGCGCCUCAACACAGCUGCACUGGGAAUGCGCUGAAACUGGAGCAAGGGCAGAAUGUUGGUGAAAGGGGUAAGGCAGUGGAACCAGUGCAGCAGCAGCAAAGGCAGAGGCAGAGGCAAUGGGUGCAGCAGCAGAGGGAAUGGGAGCAGCAGCCUGGCUUCCUGCCGUCCCCUGCAGUUUUCAAGUCUUUUGGGCGCAGUGCUGGGAGGGGCGGUGGUGAAGGGAGUGGGGCAGUGGUUCCUGUGCAGCAGCAGCAGCAGCAGCAGCCGAGGCAGAUGCAGAUGGGACGGGCCCAACAGCCUGGCUUCCUGACGUCUCCUGAAAUAUUCAUGCCGUUCGGGAAUCGAUCUGGGGAGAAAACGGGCAGGGAGGAUGGUUCACGGGAAAACAUCGCCAGGGAGGAUUGGUCACAGAACCAAUUGGGCAGGGGAAAUGACAUGGGCGUGCAGGGGAGCAGGGGAAAAGGGAUGGAGGGGCAUAUGGGCAAGGGAAACGGGGUUGGUGCAGCAGCCAGGUUUGGUACAGCAGCCAGGUUCGGUGCAGAAGACAGGUUUGGUGCAGCAGACAGGUUUGGUGCAGCAGACAGGUUUGGUGCAGCAGACAGGUUUGGUGCAGCAGCAAGGCUUGGUGCAGCAGCCAGGUUUGGUGCAGCAGUCAGGUUUGGUGCAGCAGCCAGGUUUGGUGCAGCAGCCAGGUUUGGUGCAGCAGUCAGGCUUGGUGCAGCAGCCAGGUUUGGUGCAGCAGUCAGGCUCGGAACAGCCGACAGGCUUGGCAGAAGCAGUGCAGAGCCGAGCCUGCAGAUGGGCAGGCCUGGGAUCAUGGCCACGUCAGCAGGACAUCCUCCAGUGCAUGUUCACAGCACGUUCAUGGGGCAAGGAUCAUCCUCAGCAGCGCACAUGGAUACAGUGCAUGUGCACAGCACAUUCAUGGGGCAAGGAUUAUCCCCAGCAGCGCACAUGGAUGGUCAAGUGCAUGAGCCAGGCGUUUUGAGCGGUGGGAGGGAAUGCACGAGCACAAGCAGAGAGGAACGAGGGAGUGGGAGAGGCGGUGGGAUGGGGAGUGGGGCAGGGAGUGGCGGAGUGGGUAGGAAUAGGGUUCAGGAGGCAAGUACGAGUGUGUGCGGGAGUGAUGGUGAGAGUGGGAGUGAGAGGGGGAGUGAGAGGGAGCGUGAGAGGGGGAUUGAGAGGGGGAGUGAGAGGGGGAGUGGGAGCAGAAGCCGAGGCUCCAUUGGCGGCAGUAGCAGCAGCAGCAGCAACAGCAGCAGCAGCAGCCCAGCACUUGUAUGCAGUGUUCUUGAAGGUGCAGAUGUUGCUGCCACAGGUGUUGCAGCUACAGCUGUUCAUUUUCUCCGAGUGUACCCUCCCCUGGUGUACCCUCCCCUGGUGUACCUUCCCGUGGUGUACCUUCCCCUGGUGUACCUUCCCCUGGUGUACCUUCCCCUGGAGUACCUUCCCCUGGUGUACCUUCCCCUGGAGUACCUUCCCCUGGUGUACCUUCCCUUGGUGUACCUUCCCCUGGUGUACCUUCCCCUGGUGUACCUUCCCCUGGUGUACCUUCCCCUGGUGUACCUUCCCCUGGAGUACCUUCCCCUGGUGUACCUUCCCUUGGUGUACCUUCCCCUGGUGUACCUUCUCCCAGUGUGCCGUACUCUAGUGCGCCCUACUCCAGUGUUGCUUCUAUCAGCAUGA